GGCGGGCGGCCGAGGCAGAGGAGGGCAGCAGCCACCGCGGUUGCCGCCGCCGCCGCUUUAAAGGCUCCCGGCGCGGCGCGGCGCGGCACCCGCGCUCCCGGCCCGGCGCGGAGAGCCGCGGAGCGGGGCAGCGCCGCGCUCUGCGCCGGCCCCGGCUUGGCGGCUCCGCCGCUGCCUCCCGCCCGCCCAGGGCACCCGCGGCCAUGCGAGGCGGCCGCCCCCGCGCCCGCCCAGCUCGGCGCUGCCCGCCGCGGCUGCCCGCCGCCCCGCGCUGAGCCCGCCGCCGCCCCGCGCCCGGCCCGCGGCACCAUGUCCCGCCGCAAGAUCUCGUCGGAGUCCUUCAGCUCGCUGGGCUCGGACUGCCCGGAGACGAGCCCCGAGGAGGAGGGCGAGUGUCCCCUGUCCCGCCUCUGCUGGAACGGCAGCCGCAGCCCCCCCGGCCCCGCUGACAUCCCCUUCGCCGCCGCCGCCGCCGCGGCCAGCGCCGGGGCGCGCCGCGCUCCGCGCCGCCGGCGGGUCAACCUGGACUCGCUGGGCGAGAGCAUCCGCCGCCUGACGGCCCCCGCGCCUCAGACCAUUCGGCAGACUCUUCAAAAGACACUGCAGUAUUUUGAGCAUCAAGUUAUUGGUUACAGAGAUGCAGAGAAGAAUUUUCACAAUAUAUCAAACAGAUGCUCCUAUACAGACUGCUCUGGCAAUGAAGAAACUGAAGAUGUCUCAGGAAUUCUCCAGUGUACUGCUAAUGUGCUUGGUCUGAAGUUUGAGGAAAUGCAAGAAAAGUUUGGGGAGGAAUUCUUCAAUAUCUGCUUUGAGGAGAAUGAAAGAGUUCUUCGAGCUGUAGGUGGGACCCUUCAAGACUUCUUCAAUGGCUUUGAUGCUUUGCUGGAGCAUAUUAGAACUUCAUUUGGAAGACAGGCCACCUUGGAAUCUCCUUCUUUCCUAUGCAAAGAACUCCCUGAAGGCAAUCUCAUGCUUCAUUAUUUUCACCCCCAUCAGAUUGUGGGAUUUGCAAUGACAGGAAUGAUAAAAGCAGCAGCAAAGAAGAUUUACCGCUUGGAAGUAGAAGUAGAACAGGUCACAAAUGAAAAGUUGUGUUCAGAGGGGACAAACCCAGGGAACUGCAGUUGUUUGACUUUCCUUAUCAAAGAACAUGAAAAUGCAAAUACCACAAAAGCACUUCCACCAGGAACUUCCCAGUCCCCCUUAGACCUGAGGAUUAGUAUCAGCACCUUCUGCAGAGCUUUCCCCUUUCACCUGAUGUUUGAUCCAAACAUGCUCCUUCUCCAGCUUGGAGAAGGUCUUAGGAAGCAGCUCAGAUGUGACACUCAUAAAACGCUGAAAUUCCAAGAGUGCUUUGACAUAGUCUCUCCUAAAAUCAGUGCCACUUUUGAACGAGUUCUCCUGAGGUUAUCUACACCCUUUGUCAUCCGGACCAAACUUGAGGAUUCUGAUUCUGAAAGUAAAGAUAAGGUGAUGGAAAUUAAAGGACAAAUGAUUCAUGUGCCAGAAUCAAACUCUAUAUUGUUUCUGGGUUCCCCCUGUGUGGACAAGCUGGAUGAGCUGAUGGGCCGAGGCCUCCAUCUUUCGGACAUUCCUAUCCAUGAUGCUACUCGUGAUGUCAUACUGGUUGGGGAGCAAGCAAAGGCACAGGAUGGCUUGAAAAAACGAAUGGAUAAGCUGAAGGCAACACUAGAAUGUACACACCAAGCCCUGGAAGAGGAGAAGAAGAAGACAGUAGAUCUCCUUAUUUCCAUUUUCCCUGAAGAGGUGGCUCAGCAGUUGUGGCAGGGGCAGCAGGUUCAGGCCAGGAAGUUCGAUGAUGUCACCAUGCUCUUCUCGGACAUUGUUGGCUUCACUGCCAUCUGUGCUCAGUGCACGCCCAUGCAGGUCAUCAGCAUGCUCAACGAGCUCUACACGCGCUUCGACCACCAGUGUGGAUUCCUUGACAUCUACAAGGUGGAAACAAUAGGUGAUGCGUACUGCGUUGCAGCAGGGCUCCAUAAGAAAAGCCUUAGUCAUGCCAAAGCCAUUGCCCUGAUGGCACUGAAGAUGAUGGAGCUUUCAGAAGAGGUUCUCACUCCAGAUGGAAGCCCGAUUAAGAUGAGGAUAGGCAUUCACUCAGGUUCGGUGCUGGCCGGCGUGGUUGGUGUGAGAAUGCCGCGCUAUUGCCUCUUUGGGAACAACGUCACCCUGGCCAGCAAGUUCGAGUCAGGAAGUCACCCACGCCGCAUCAACGUCAGUCCCACCACCUACCAGCUUCUGAAAAAGGAAGAAAAUUUUAUUUUUAUCCCUCGUUCCCGUGAAGAGCUUCCAGAAAACUUUCCAAAGGAAAUUCCUGGGAUCUGUUACUUCCUGGAGGUCAGAAGUGGUCAGAAGCCGCCAAAACCUUCCAUCACAUCUGCCAGAGUGAGAAAGGUGUCUUACAACAUCGGCACCAUGUUCCUCCGGGAGACCAGCCUAUGAGGCCUGCUGCAGAUCAAAGACUUGUCAAAAAAGCACAAGCCCAGAACUGGGUCAUGACAGGGGAGUUGGAGGUUCUUUGUGUUUCACUGCCUUCUGCUGAGCAGGCAGUAAAAAGCUCCAUGUAAAGUCAGGCAAUAAUCAUUUUAAAAGGUGGGUAACUGCUGUCAGUAAACAAGGUGGAGAUAGGGAAAAAAAAUUAAACAAUGUACUUCCACUUCCAGAGGAAUUUCUUUCAUAAACUUCAGUCUGGCCCCUCUAUGGCAAACAAAACAACAAAACAAAACCCCAACUCUCAAAUUAGAGGUUGGUCUGGUUUUGUGCAGAAAGGAUGAUGGUUCUCUGUAGAUUUGCACCAGCUAAGCAGAAUUGAGAGUCAGUUCUGAUUAUGCAUUCCUAUAUUUAAUGUGUUCUUCAGUAAGGUAAUGAUGUUUUUUAACUUUAUGAACAAGCAUUUCAUACAUAUACUGUAGAGCUAUUGUAACCUUCCUGGCAGGAGGAAUUAUGACUCAAUACAAAUAUUGUAGGAAUUUUACCUAUUUUUAUACAUAUUUCACUUUCUGGAUAAUUACAUUCCACAUACUGUAAGCUGAGUGAGCUUAGAUAGCUUUUCAGAAGAAGUUACUGUAUAUUUCAUACAUUCUACCUAUCAAAACUUAUUGUUAUACAAGUGGGAAGAAGGCAUUUUUUGACUUUUUUGGCAACAAAAAAACCCAAAACAAUAUUUACAGAAUAAAACCCCCACUUUGAUAAAUCACUUUAUCUGGUUUUUAUGCUAAAGCUUUAGAUGAGCACUGUCUUCUUAUAUAAAAUAAUGUUCAGUAUUUGUCCUACAGUGUUGUAUGUCCAGUCCUUCCAGGACAAUGUAAACAAAGUGCAGAAGAUCAAUGUGUGGAUAAACAGAAAAGUUCUCUUCAAUGGGACUUGUUUUCCCUCUAAAUUAUCAGCCAAACUGAUUUUCAGUAAAAGCCCUGAACUUCACUGAAAAUUUGGUCUUGUGAAAACUUAUUCUGAGGAAUUCCAGCAGACACUGGAAGCUCUCUGGAUACUGGUUUUCCACAUUUUUUAAUAGGACUUGUGUUCCUAGUCAAGAUUGAUUGUUGAAAAUCCAUUCUGUUAAUAAUGAUUGCCCCUUUGGAAACUUCCUCUGUUGUUGGAUUGGCCGAAGGUCCCCUGCUUUAUCUAGUUAAGAUAAAAAAAACACCAAAAAGAGAAAGGCAGUACUUUUCCAGCUUUUCCAGGUUUAAUGAAAAUGGCAGUUCAAGAUUUUUGUUAGUCCAAGACAAUUAAAAAAAAAAAAAAAAACAACCAAAAACAAUAACAACAGCAACCAUAAAAAAAAAAAAAGAUCAAAAAAAGAGGCCAAUUUGCUGUUGAAAAUUAUUACAGUGUUAUUGUCUUCAAUUAAUCCACUUCAAGCAAGAUGUGUAUUUGGAACAUUUUCAGGCAUUGUUUAUUUCUCAGGUUUUCUUUUUCACAAGUAGUGGUGGUCAGUUUUCCUGUGUGGGUGUGCUGCCUUUGGAUCAUACUGGGGUGGGUGAUGUUGUGAGUUUGCAGAUUAGUUGUUAGCUUGCUUGUUAGUUAAAAUCUGUGCCGUGAUUCCAAAGUGGCUUAGCUGCACAUGGACCUUUAAUCCCUUUAAUCAAAGAUAAGACUCAGCAGCAACUAGGAGUCAUGAGAUACUCUGCAUUUCUCUAAUUCAGAACAGAAAUGAGUUUGCUUAUGGAUUUAGUAAUCAUAACAUGAGGCACCUCUUGAAAAUAAAUAAAUAACUUUCACCGCAUUUCAAGAUUGUCCAGCUGGAUCUUUCUGUGAAGGGAAUGACAGUUCUCUAUUUGUCCCCUUUGACCAGUAGCCCCUGUGAGUCUGCAUGGCACUGCUAGCCUGUGCUGAGAAUGUUUCAGGAUUCCUUUCCAUGAAGCCUUUCUGGGUGAGGAAGGACUGUCUUGAACCUUUACCGAUUUCAGCAUGCAGACAAUGUCUGAACUUAUUAUGCAGGGGUGAGUUCUUCCUAGCCUGAGGAGGGUAGAUGCAUGGGAAUUAGCCCAGAAACCUAUUUUAUUACAAAUUCCCUCACUUUCUAGUGGGAUACUGAUGUUAAAGAUUUCUUCCAUUGGUAUUAGAGCAUUCUUGGGAUUAGAGGAGUUAUUUUUUUAUCUACCAUGAUAAACAGCAUAUGGAGUUCUGUGGCCUAUCUGAAAAAUUACUUAAAAAAACUGUUCAAGCUUGAGAUUGUGAAAUAUCCAUCCAAAUUACAGAUCUGAGAAUUUCCUGCACAGGAUGACAAGUUUUAUCCUAUAGCCAUUAGUUUGCACAUAGACAGGAUGUAGCAUGCAUUUUUUUUACCCUGGGAACGCCAGUGAGAUGUGUAAGAAUCAUAAAUGGAUCAAAGUUCAUGUUUCACCACUGAAAGAGGAAUGCCACUUCCCAGCUAAUAAAUCCAUAGUUCUGAAGUCAUUACUUAGUUCCCUAGAGUGAAUUUUUUUCAAAUAGCCUUUAGAUUUAGAUUUCAGUCUGACUUCUCUGGCACAUCUUCAUUGUUCAGUAGUUGCUGAUGCCAGAAUCCCAGCCUAUCUGGCCAAGCUCUUUUUCUCUUCUCACCACCCACAGUCCUAUGUGAAGAGUACAAACUUAGAGGUUUAGACCAAAAGCUUAUAGUUCAAUAUCUUGUCUCACAGUUGCCAGUAAGAAAUGUCUAGAUUAAUCUGCCUUUGAUCUUGAUCAAUGGAAGCAUUUUCAUAGUGGAUGAAGGGUAAAUGCUAGUUUUACUGCAAAUUGGAGCAGCUAUCAAAACCAUUUUGUAUCACCUUCCUCAUCCUCUCAGAGACUUUUUGUUGUAUAAAAAGAUAUAAAAUCAGAGAGAUCUAUGUGUGAACUGAAAAUUGAUAUCAUCAUGAAUACAUUGAUAGUGUUUUCAAAUAAGUCAUCUCACUCCCCAAAUCAGAGUACACUGACUGUAUAAAAAUAUGCAGUCUUUGUUUUUCAUAAGCUUAUGUAAAGGUAACAUAUCUAGAACUGCAGUGCAGAUGCUAGGUAUUAUGUUAUUUGUGUUAUGAUGAGGGAUGUUAAUGAAAAAAGUGUGGGCUCUCUGGGGACUUUUUUUAUGUCAAUGUGAGGAAAGUGUAAAACAAAUUCUCAGCACUUUCUAAAUUAGUAGUUGCAUCUGCUGCCUUUCAUAUUAGGUUGCAAGCUUAUUUUGUUGGAUACCUUUACAAAGUUAAAUGACACUUAUUAUCCAGAUUGAUGUUGUCAUGUCAGUUAGGUGGUAGUCAGACUGAACAUUUCUCCAACAGCACUUACUUCUAAUGAUAGGGAAAAGGUUCUAAUUUUCCUGACGUUGUCUUCAUAAAUAGAAAGGUUCUCAGAAUUUUGUACCUUGAGAUGAUUAGGUGGAGAGGUUAGAGGUGCUGAAAUGAUUACAAAAAUCAUAUACUCUAAUUGGAAUUUUCUUUCAACUUUUUACUUCCUAUUAAACAGAUGAUCUUUGGCUCCUCUGGGUAAGAAUUUACAUUCUUGUGUUUCUUCACAUAGCUGCAAGGAGCCACAACUGCUGUCUUGAGUUUCUGUGCAGAACAAAUCCACCCUCUCUGAAGAGAGAAGGAGGAGAUCUAUCUGUGUUGCAAGUACAAGGCACAAGGAAGGUGAUGUGAGGACCCCCCCUAGCUGGGUUCAUCGAUCUCUUUGUGGCCAGUUGCUUUACAAAAAUCAGGAGGCCAAAGUAAAGAGAGUGAUUUCCUUAGAACACUUCUUACAGAUCUUGUGUCAGAUUUUUCCAUCUGCUUGAAGCUCCCCAUCACACAGACUUUUCUGUGAUGCACUUCAUACAGAUCAUGAACUCAGAGCAAAAGGAAAUAGUGAUGAAGUGGUAGGAUGGUGGAUAAACUUUGUUCUGCAUCCCUCUGGUAAAAUUUGCCAUUCAAAGACAAAAGCCUCUGCAUGGGAGAAUUGCUACUAAGCCAGGACUCUCAAAGUGUGGUUUUCUUGCAGGAUCCCAAAGGAUAUUUCAUUUUUAAUUCUAGAGAGCCAGUAGUCAUUAACUGUGAUUGUGGUUUUGGCUUCUCUGCUCAUUCCCACAUUCAGUUUCAGAUCUGAGUCUGUUUUGAAGCCUGGAAACACGCCUCUGCAAACAGAAGACCAAAGCUCUUAAAACCUUGGAAAUCUUGUAUGGGAAUUGCCUGUUUUGAAUGCUUGUCAUUGAGUCACUACUGAUUGGGUCCAUGGCAGUUCAUGUGUGUGCACAUGCCAUUUCACAGUUGUGUCUCCUCUUGUGCUUACAGUGUUCCCUACCAAGCCCAGCAGUAGGAUUGCUUAUGUUUAACAUUCAUCUUCCAUUUUUUCCUGUACAAAGCAAGCAGUGCAAAACCAUGACAUGCUGCAUGCAUUUAAAAGUAUCAGCACUGUGCUAAGAUGUAAACUCUGAUAACCAAUUUCACAUUGUAUAUUUCUUGCUCUGAAUAGAUCCUUCUCUCAGGCAAUUUAAAAAUGAAUGAGGAAAAAAAUAGCACCCAAAACUGCUGUGUUGAAUUGAAAAUGAGUCUGAGACCUGCAUGGGUUGUUGGAGCAAGUUGAAUUGCUGGGUAGCUUUCUGAUUCUUGAGCUGCCACAAGCUGUCACAUGUACAUGCUUCAUGCAGACAGUCCUGUCAAGAAGUCUGUAAUCCAGCAGCAGGGACAUCUGAGUUUUCCUCUUCUAGUCUGAGGCCACUACCUCACCUCUGCUGAGUGCUCAGAGCUCAUUGAGGAGAGCUAGCUCCCUGUCCUAAUGCAGUCUCAGAGCUUCUGGCUUCCUUUCUGGAUCCUGGCGAUCUUUUGCAAAAUCGUGCAUGUGUAGUAUUGGAAACAGCAGCGUGCUUAAAUUAGCAACAAAACAAAAAGCUAAAAAAAGCGUGUCAAACUCAGAGACAGUUGGUUCCUUUCCCUUGAGGUACUACAUUAUUCAUGAUGCUGUACAGGAUUGAGGGUGCCAGUGACAGGAGAGGCUAUGGAUGAGUUGAAGAUGCUGAGUGUGCAGUAGACUCAACAAGUAGGAGUUGAUCGGCUUCUGCUACUGUUAAUAAUUCCAUCAUCUUGCAUGCUAUGCUCUGCUCUUGUCAAGGUUCUGCUCUCCAAAAGAUUUCCACUUACCUUCCCUUAGCACACUGUAUGUGACAUAGCGGAUAAUUCCCAUUGUUGUUCUGAUUACCAUAUAUUGUUGACACAGCUGCUGACACCUAAAGAAUAACUGGGGUUAAAGGGCUGAUCUUACUCUUCUUGCAGCAAAAACAAAACUGCUACAGUGACACAGCAGGCACUCACAUCCUUAGAGAGGGAAAAGGCUGCAGUGCAAGUUAUCCCUCAUGGAUUUGGGUGAAGUCAGUGCAGUAACAGCCCAUGGCAUGCUUUUAGCUUUCACAAGCACCAAAUUUAUCUGUACAGAUAGGAGUUACUCCUUAACCACGUUAUUCAUUUGCAAUGCAUGAGCAGGCUUACAACAAAAAUCUGUGAAGUGUUUAACCUCAUAUACAUGGUUGAUCUUUUGUGGCUUGGCUGUUAAUUGUGCUUGAAAGCAAGAGAGACAGUGAAACUGAGGAAUGCAGCAAUUCAGUCACAGGCAGCAGAUCAUUCACCUCUGCAGAUGCUAACUUGCUCCUGUGGCUUAGAAAGGUUGACCUCCAGUUAUCUGUGGUCCAGGUUAGUGUCACUGUGUCACUGUAGCAACAAAAUGGGCUCUGAAAACGGCAUGAAGCAUCUCAGUCUGCUUCCCUCUGGGCUGGGGUUCACAUUAGAGAGCCUAAUGCAACAUGUGAUGCAAAGUGGCAACUUUGCUGGCAGCCUUAACAGAAGGAUCAGUAGAGGCAGAUGUUAAACCAGCUGUUUGCUCCAGGGAUUUUAGUUUCCAGAGCCAGAGUGAGGCUGAACGUGCUUUAAUUCAGACACAAAGAAAAGAGAGGAUUUCAGAGAAAUAAGUGUCUUCCUUGGCUAGCAAGGAGGCAGUGGAAUUAACAUGAAUCAAGAAGGACAUGCUGAUUACCUUGGCUGCAGCAGCGCCUUCAGCUCUCUGGCCCUCUUUGGCAUUCCAACAAUCAAAGUUUCUUUUGAAAACUGGAGGACAGGUAAGCACUUCAGGCACUUAGCCCCUCUGCUUUAGAAAGUGUUUGAGGCUGCCUAAAUGUUUGAGUGUGCUUAACUUUCUCAGUGACCACGAAUGGCAAAUUUAGACUAGACAUCUGUUUUUUAAGAUGGCCAGGAUAAGGGAGACUGAUCCCACUGAAUUACAUUCUUUUCAGCCCAAGUGCUGUGUCUCAGAUCUUCUGUUGUACUGCUUUUCAGCAUCUUGCACUGGCCAAAAUAAAUUGAAUAGAAAUAAGUGUCAGAGGGAUAGAUAAGCAUAUUCCAAGACGAGUAAAGUGUUACCACUGUAGCCAUGGUGACUGUUGCGAACAUGGGCUACUGCAGUUCUGCAAAUCCCUCCUGGUGUCUGAAGCCUUUUGCACAUGAUACAGCACUGCCAGCCACAGCUCUGGGAUGCCAUUAGGAGUGUGAUUUAGAAAAGGUUUUGAGCUUUGAGCCCCUAGCCCAUAAAGCCUCUAGGCUUUAUGCAAAAUCUGUGUGCCACGUUCACCUGAACUGUAUGCCAGAAUGCCUGCAUAAACAUUAUCCUGUAGUCAAGGUGGUAAUAACACAUACAGAUUCUAAAGAACAGAGAGAUAGCUGCCAGGUUAUCACUAACACACAUUUUUUGUGCUUUUGUGAAUUUGUUGGCCCAGAAUUAACUUUCUAUUAACAGAAGGUGCCACACUGAGCUUCUUUUUUUCUAGGUAAUUAUUCCUUAGCAAUACUCUCUAAUGAUUACUCUUGAAGCAAUAAAUAAAGCCAUGCUAAUCUCUUCUGUGUAGGCUCCUGUGCAACACCUAUCACCUUAACAAACCACUUUUCAGUGGGACAUUAAAUGGCAGAUUAACACCCUGACAUGUACUGCUUGUCUUUCCAUCCUCUUCCUCAAAGAAGAAGAGCAUUUAAUGGAAUAAUUUGAUUUUUGAGGUGUUGUUUUUUUCUUAGUUUUCUAAAAGUAUAUGUUGCUACUCACUUAUAUAAGUAAGAGCAAAAUCAGAACUAUGGACCAGAAUUAGGAAAGAGUUCUGGAUGUAAACAGUAUUUUAGAAGACUGUCCACUAAGUAAGACUAGUCUCACAUUCUAGAAACAACAGUAGGGGUAAUAGAUGUAAGAUAUACCCAGGAAUGAUAAAUAGGAGUAAUAAACCAGGCAUGUGUAUACAAUGGAUUACUUUUGUUUUAUACACAACACUAAAUAGAUGCUUAAACUGAUUAAUAACCACAGAGGGAAAAUACUGUUUAAUCCAUUUUGGCAUUUGUUUAUUACCAGUAUAUCCCUAAGGCAUUAUUUUUUCCUUCCCUAAUGAGAUUGGAACAUACUGCUGAAUCAAUAUCAGAGUUUCUGAACUUAUUGCAAAAGAACAAGCUUAGGAAUAAAUAACCAUCAAGGAGAGAUUUUUUUAGAUGUGAGCCAUUGCAUGAGAGAACAGAUCAUAUGGAAAAGAAAAAGGAGGUACUGACAGGUAUAUUUAUUUUUGAAGUUUCUAUGGCACUUCUAUUUGAUCAAAAUCAUUCUGAAACGGUACACUGAAAGCAUGGCUUCCCAGUUUGGAAUCUUUGCAUUUCCUACAAAGAAGCAGGUGGUUUUUAAAUUCACAUUAAGGGUCAUACUCUCAAUCCCAUUUUCUCUGCUUAAACACAACCUCUUUCUGAAAGCUGAAUCUUUGCUGAGUGAUCCUGAGGUUCUAGAUGCCUAAAUAAGUUUUGGAAAUGUGGGUUAGAAAUACCCCUCUAAAUUGAGUCCCACGUGCUUGUCAGUGUUUAAGUGUAUAAACAUUCCUCUCUGGAAACUUCUUGUAGGUCCUGCAAGUGUAUAAAUAAGAAGCAUCUGAAGAAAGUGAAGUCUGUGUGUAAGAGAGGGCAGCUGUACAUAGAUGUGCUGCUGAUGUUAGCUUUCAUCUAUUUGGAAGCUGGAUGAUGCAGAGAUUAUUCAUACAAAGUGCAAGAAAGUGUUGCACAAAGUGUCAUGAACUCUGAGGGAGUAAAGUUGAAUUUUAGAGUCUAUAAUCCUUAAAGUUUUAGUGGAAUAGCAUGAGAAAUGCAUAGUUUUUGAGUUUUGUUUUUUUUUUAUUUUAAGCAAGAGUUAAAUCUCUACUUACAGAGAGAAAUUGUGGGGGGGUAAAAGAAAAUCUAGAAAGUCUAAAUGCAAAAUGCAACUAGUGUCCUGCUUUUUUGUAUUAUUUGGCUUGUCUGGAGGUAGGAAUAAGAAUUCCUCUAUGAGUUUCAAUACUGAAUGCAACACUAGAUGUGAAACAGGGCAAGGGAGGUACUUUGCCAACUGGAAAUUUGGAGGUGGUAAUAAGAAUGUCUUUUAAAAAGUAUACAGGGAUAAAUGUUUUCACUUUUUUAAAAAAUGGAGACUGCUUUGCUCUGUAAGUGCAUAUUGUUUAGAAAUACCUAAACAGAAGGAAAGCUUGGAAUACUGGUGUAUCAUAAUAAAAAGGUACAAAGUCUAUGAGAUAAUCUGCAGUUGACACCCUUCCUUCAGAAACAGUCCUAUAUAUGGAGUUUUCAAGUGCACAUUCAACCAAGAGUCGUCUCUAAUAAAUUUCCAAGGAAGUAGUAUUUUAUCCAGCAGCUUCUGCAGAAAUGUCAUGCAGAUCAUGUUGGGUAAGGCCAAAAUUUAACUCAGUUGUUUGGAGCUUAGUAAGAGAUACAGAACAUCCCAAAGCCAAUCUUUAAAUGUGCUUACUGACAGGACAGCAUUGUGCCUUUUACUGAGGUCUAAACAAAACCCAUUCUAGAUUAAACUCCCAUCCUAAUAUAUGACAUUUAUACUGCCUUGAUGAAAAUUAGGACUUCACUAAGUUUCACACAUUAAUGUCUUUGAUGCAAGAAUAUUCCUUAUUAUUCUUAUGUCUCACUGUGUCCAAGUUGCAUUGGGGUCCUCUAGAGAACCAAGGGUUUGGGGAGUUGCUGUAAAUAUGAGUGAAAUUCAGCUGAUCUGCAUUUAAGCAUCCAAAACUUAUGUCUGGUCUGAGCUAGUCAGGUCAGUUCCCUCUACAGUCAGUGCAGACAUACUGGCCUUUCAAAGAUUGAGCUGUCCUGGAGAAAGUCCUAGGGAUGAGAUAAACCACUGCUUGAGCUAUGCUCUUCUCUUUCCUCCCCGGUGACCACUGUGUGGAGGUGGAGGAUUGGUUCAGAUUAGCUGCUGUGCUGCAGGUGAGAUAAAUUCCACUGCUCUUAAGAAUGAGAAGAUGUAAAGAAUAGAACAUAUAUACAUAUGAAGACAGAGACACUGGAGCAAGGGCCAGGCUUCAGUCAGAGAUUCAAAAGGAUGUGACAGUAAAAUUAUUGGUAUAUAAGAUUCUAGAAGUCUGGCUAGGUGGUUUAUUUAUAAGAACAUUCCUUUCAAGUUAUAACUAACAGUCUGUGAUUGUUGCUAACUCCCCACUUUUGCUCUAAGAUAGCACUAGUGUAUUAUCUGAUGUAUUCACCAAGAGCCAUCUCUCCAAACCAUCAUGUUUACUGCUUGAUUCUUUCUUGGCAUAGCUACUUCAUAAAUUCAUCCAUCCCAGAAAUGUAUUUUUUUUAACAUUGAAAUGAUAAAUUUUCCUCACCAGGUUUUUUUUUUUGGGUUUUUUUUUUGGGUUUUUUUUUGUUUUUGUUUUUUUUUUUGUUUGUUUGUUUGUUUGUUUUUUGUUUUGUUUUUUUUUCCUUGAAACAGUGUGUAGGUCAGUGUUUGCAAUCACUUGGGAAAGAAAGGGGAGCAGAUGGUGAGGUGCUGGCUGGAUGUUUCUCUCACUAUGAUUGUAGUUCCUAAAGUUUCUAUCUGACCCCUCCUGGAUCAUACUUGUGUUGUGAUGCACUUGGAGUACCCAGAUUCUCUGACAGGAACUGUGUCAGGCUCUGAACCAGAGAGGAGUGGGAAGAACCAGGGCUGCCACUCUGCCACACUGCUCCCAUACGUCUCUCUUCUGUUUGCAAUUUCCAUCCUGAUCCUCAGACAUCUCUGGUGAUUUUCACUGCACUCAUGGUCCGUGGGAAAGUUCCUCUUGAGAGGAAUCAGUAGUAUGCAGUCCUCCACACUGUGGUCUGUUGCUCUCCAGAGAAAAGGAUUAGAAAUAGUAUUGUCCUCAAGAGCUGAGAAAACUUGCAGAUUUUCCAUGCACAAUAAACAGUUUCUAUAAUUACCAGGAAAACAAAACAGAGAGGCAGAGCUGUGCAGCAGGGCCAGCCCAUCUCAUACACACUGCUGUGAUAAUGAAAUCCAAACCCUGUGGAAUUGCGGGCACAUUAUUCUUACUUGCUUUAAAGGUCAGCUGAGAAGCUGAUUUCUCAAACGGGCUCAUAGCUCUGAGACAAUGUAACACUAGUAAUUUCUUCAAAAAAAUUGCAGUUGUCAGAGAAACUGGAUUAGUAGCUCAUGGAGCUAAAAAUAGACACUAUGGGCUUGCCAGAGAGGGGUGAAAUCAGUGACAGAGGUGAAGGUACAUCAAAAUAUCAUAACAUCUGGAGAAAAAGCAACAAACAACUGAAAGCAAGUUAGCCAUAAAAUUACAUUUAAAAGAAUUGGAAUCACAAAGAAGAAGAAUGACAAGGUUUAGUCUUAAUUCUGUUUUAUUCAUCUUCUAAAUCCACCUUGCAGUUUCUGUUUUAUCUGCUGAAUCAGUUUGGCCACAGUCCCUCCAAAGUACCACAAAUUAAGCACUGAAAGUCAUGUUAGAGCCAUUAUUUGAAUACUGAAAAAGAAGUUUUUGGCUUGAUGUUUCCAUCUUCUUCGCAGGAGGGAGGAGGAUAUAAUUUAUUGCUAAAUUUAUUGAAAUGAAAAAUAAAAGCUAAACUGCCAAAACCCAAAUCUAAUAACAGAGCUACAGUGAAAGAAAAUUUCCAAACCUCAGCAAAUCUUUACUAAAAAGUGGGUAAUUAUUUUUCAUUGCCUCAAACAUUUACAUUUUAAAGAAUUCUGUACCAUGAUUUUGCAAGUUCAUAUUGCUUCUUGCUUGGAUUUAACAAAUGAAACAAAACAAACCACUUCUUUGUUCUUAAUUCUUCUUCAAUGACUUAUUUUCUGCAGCAGGGCAAUUUCACCAUGCUAUGUAUGACCUGAAGGAGCAGCAAUCCACUGCAGACAGGGAACCUCAGCCAGUUUGGUCAAGGUUAAAAGUUCUUCAAGGUACAGGCUGGGUCUCAGCUGAAGACAGGGUUGGCAGUAGUUGCAUGCAGUUCCUCCUAUGACUUAAGUAAUUCUUUCAAUUACAUAUUCACCUAUGCAUAUCUCAGGAAUAACCUACACCACUUUCUUUACAAACUCUUUCUGUAGUAUGUGUCUUUUCUGCACACCUGUUACAAAAUCUCUGCAUUUCAGAUCUGAGGCACUGGCAAGUGUAGGAUAUAAAUAAUAACUUAUGUCAGCGAAGCAAAUCACUGUGAAAAAUACAUGUAAAGUGUUUAUGCUCGUUGUCUUGUAUAUAUGCUCUUUGGAUGUCUUAUAAUGUUCUUUGCAAAUUUUUGUUCUUGCAGAAGUCCUCAUUGUAAAAGAGGUAAAGAGUAAUCUUGAUUUUUGGAUUUAAUUAGCAUCAGUGCCAUUUAUCUGGCAUUAAGUCUGUCCCAUUAUUACCAGGUUCAGUGGUGGAACAGAAAUGUCAGGACAAGCAGCACCAGCAGUUAUCUGCAUCCUAUGUCCUACACAUUAUCUACACAUUCCAUGGCAUACUUUGAAUUUUGUGAUAUGACUGCUUUAAUUUGUAGAAAUAUAUUUAGGGAUAAAUAAUACAAAAUAUGUGGACAUUGUCUGAUAGCUGUCUUGAGAUAUUAUGGCUAUAUUGUCACCUACCCUUGGGAUUACUCUAAACCAAAUCAUGCACCUUUAGCAUCCAUCCUUACUUCUGUGAAAAGUAUGGCCCUCUUCUCAUCCCUUUACUUUUUAAACUUCAGUUUCUUUAAGGCCCAGAGAUUAAUGACACAAGUGUUUUCCAGCAAAGUAUUAUAAGAGAACAGUAACUGUGUGUUGUUUUUUUGGUUUUUUGUUUUUUUUUCCCUGAAUAUCCUGUGCUCCACUGCUAGGACUGACUACAUUCCUGCUUGAAAUAAAUUUCCCAGUUUACUAAAAUUUGCUAAAGUUCUUCUUUGCAGGAUCCCAUAGUGCUUUGAAGAGGCUGUGUGUAUCCUGUCACAGGUGCCACACAUAAAUAUUAAGGUGUUCUCAGAUCACCAUCCUGGAGAGUCCAACCAAUUAUUUCACAGCCACAAAUAAUCCUCUUGCUCUCUUUGCCACUUUCCUUUGCCUCUAAGGCCAAUCUUAGAGAGGGAACUGAUUGCUACUAAAAAUAAUCUACUGGUUUAUAUUUAUAUAUUUCAGUGAGAUUAGUUUGUAAUAAGCAGAAACUUUUGCAAAUCAAGCUUGUAUUAUUGGCAUGAAGUUCACAGCCUGGGCCUACCAAGUUGUAGUUCAGUCUCUUCCCAAAGUCUUUGAUAACAAAUGGAACUUUGCAUGCAGUUUCUCACCUAGAAGAAGAGAUUAUAAUUUUCCAGUUGUCUGUGACUGUGGUUCUGAUUCUCCCUUCUAAUCAGGAGUCAUGAAAUUCAAGAAAGUGUGAAUUGAAAGUAAUUUUUGGUACUUCAUUAAACAAUUUUUCCAGAAACCAGCUGAAAUUGGUGAUUUAACUGGUGAUUCAUUCAGGCUCUUCUUCAUUUCCUCUGAAAGGAAAGCUAAAGGACAAUUAACUUUGCUGCCGUAGAGUUGUAUCUUUCAGCUUUUCAGUGUUGCCAAAGUAAAAUCUGAGGACUAAUUCCUAUCUAAGGUGAUCACAAACAUCUGUAGGAACAGAGCCAGACAUAUGUAAAGGUAACUUGGAUUAUUGUAGGAAGAUGGAUUUCACCUGAGUUCAUGAUGCUCAGUUCCGGGAGUGGGAAUUUUAGGAAGGGUUACGAACCACCCAUUGCUGGUGUGUCAUUUACUGAGAGCAGACCAAAGGGACAGAACCAUUUAGCAGAGUUUUAAUUUCAGCUUUAUGAAUGCUGAGAAUUGCUGCUUGUCUUGUUUCAAUCUUCUCUGUUCUGGAUGCUGGAUAAAAGUAUUUGGUCCUCCUAAAAUGUGAAGACUGACCACCUCCAAGCCUGCACUCCUGUGGAAAUAGACAAAUAUCCAUCCCUUGAGUGCAAAGGCUUUUUGUGUAGUUCUGUAAUACUGUUGUAGUGUUGUCUUACAGGGCUUAUCUGAAGAGACUUGUACAAGCAUUCUGCACUAAUAAGAUUACAACCUUGCACUAUCAACAAUGGUUGCUUAGCAUUAAAAUAAUCUUGGAUGCCAUUAAAGAGUACUAGAGUUCUAUCAGGGUUUAGAGCACAGAGAUGUUUGUAAACCUGAACAUGUUUGUAUGAAAUUUCUCACAGACAAAGGAUAAUCUAAUUAAUGACAGUAUUUCCAUUUUAGUAAUACACAGAGGAGGUAAGGCAGUGUCCCUAGAGACUUCUGUCAACUUAAUGAUUAAGAGAUUAACUUUAGUACUCUGUAAAUCUGAACAUUGUUUUAAAACAUCGGCCUGCAAUCAAUUGAGAAGGGAUGGGGAGGGUUAGAGUUUUGCUGUCAGAGGGAAUGAACAGAAAAGCUCAGAAAGCCUAUAAGCCAGGAUCUUCCCACACUGAAAUCAAGGGAUUAAUUGCAAAAUUGCAUCUGAUUACUUGUCCUGUAACUAACUGUUCAGCAAAGGAAUCCACCUGCCAACAGAAGCAGAGUCCAUCCAAACUCUCACAUGCUGCAUUUAAAUUUUUUUAUUGGGAUUUGUUUGGCAGACUUAGUGGUCUGGAAGUUCCAGUAAGUACCUCUGGUUGAAAGUUGCUAUUUCAGUUAUGAUUGCUUCCCCAAACCAACUGAAUUUAUUACUAACCAAAGACUUACCUACUUGAAAAAAAAAAACAAAACAAAAACAAACCGGUAAAUUUGGUUUUGUCAUUUGUGUCUUUUUUUUGACUGUGAGCAGUUGAAGUGCAUGAUGUAUGUACUAACCAGGCCUGUGCUGUGGCAUUGAACAAGUUAUUCAGGGCUGCAGCACCAGUAUAACACAUUCAGAAUUCAGUAUUAAUCCCUCCAUGGGAACACGAGUCUAUGUAAAAACUUGAUGUGCCAUAUGUGUAGGCCAUGGGAAAAUUGUGUGUGCAGUGAACUAUAUACGGUCUUAAAAGCUUUAACAUUUGUACUGCUCUUCCUAUAACAGAAUGUAUGUCUUGAUAGUUGUUGAUCCUAUGAGCUUCUGAAAAAAAAAAAAAUCUAAAGUUUAUUCUUCUUGUCUUAAAAUUACUGUUUUGUGUCUAACUGUUUACACAGACCUGCAUACAGCAAAUGGUCUUUCUCUGUAUGUUGCUGGGAAAUGGAAAAGCAGAUGCUAUUUGUGAAUCUUGCAGGCUUAGAGAGAUCAGUGAAUGCCUUUCCUGAAUCUCCUCCUGAUAAGCCACUUCAUUUACUAGCAAUUGCAAACAGUGCCAAUAGCCUGGGCCUUCUUUAAAGGAAACAAAACAGCCUUGUUCUGUUCCAUUCUAUUGAUACUUCUUAUUUUAAUCUUUUUGCCUCCUUUUGAGUAGGCUUUGGUGAUACAAUUCUUCCAAAGUGUAACUGAGGACAGUUUGCCUUUUUUACCCCUCUUUUUUCAAAGCCACUGAAGGCCUCAAACAAGAAGAAGAAACUUUACAAAACUCAUGCAGGUACGUUGUUAACAGGUAGCAGAAGGAUAAAACAGCCUUCUCAGAGUAUCCCAAACUAUCUUUUAACAGUGUGCCUGCACUGUGUUGUGACUUCUUGCUUUCAUAAUGUGACCUGCUAUUAAUGGUGUUUGUUGCAAUGAGGUCCUUUUAGUUUGUCCUAAAAGAUUUUACUUGUUUGUUACCAUACUAGAAACAUAAUGUACACUCUAUAAGAAAAGCAAUAUACAAUAUACUAUACAUCUUCUAUUUCAAUGCCUCCAGCUUUAGGCUAGUAUUCAUAUCAGUGUUUAUAAUCAAAAUGCAGAUUUUCAUGUUCUUCACAGGACCAAGCAAAGUUUUGCCUUGUCUAAAUACUAACAGUAACAUUUCUAUUCAACAAAUACUCUUUUUUCUCAUGCUUCUAGUUUCCUUGUGGUGGGCUCCAUCCUACUGAUUCCCCAUUAAUGCAUUUGAAAGGGGAAAGCAAUGAGCUAUUUUAUUUCAGUGCAUGACCUUUGCACAGUACCUGAUUCAUAAAGAUAAAUAGAUCCAAAAUUUCAUUUAUGAGUUACUAGUGAUCAGCAAAACAACAAAAAUCCUUUGAAAUUCAGCUGAGGAAAUUCUGAAGUUCUUGCAUUGCUUAUUCAGUUUUGCAGUUUCUUGAGUCAUUAUAAUGGAUAUAUUUUAUUAAGCCUUUGCCAUAGACACUGGCAUCUUCAUAGAAGUUGUUCUGAUUUCUGCUCCCAGUUAUAUGUGAAAGCAUACUGUAAAGAAAUUAUUUGGAUUUUUAAAAAAAUCAUGCAAGUUUUCUUCACAUCAUUUCUUUGUUUGACCUCAUCUUCUGGUAGGGAGCUAACUUUAAUUAAUUUUUUUCAUAACAGUAGUACAGUGUCCAUAAAAAUGUUUAUCCAGUGAAAUGUCACUCAAAAAUAUUUUGAUCCUGAUUGUGACCAGGAUGCUUUAUUUCAGAGCUAAGCCACUGAAGAGGUGAUCAAAGAAGACAGAAUAUUAGGACAAAUUAAGAAAUUUUUGUGCAUAUGGUUAAAAAAGUGAUAUGAUGUAAUUGAGCUGGUUUUUUUCCUCAUUAAAAUUUGCUUAUACACAUUACAGCUGCUCAUAAAAUAUUUAUUUCUUCCUACACUGUCUUUCUUUUGAAGUCAAAAGAUCUCCAAAGCAAAAAAGUUAUCUGACUUUGUCAAAUUACAUAGCAAAUGCAAUGCAGACACCAAAUCCAUCCAGGCUUUAGUAGUCCCAAAGGUAGCUAAUUCACUGGAAGUCAUUGACAGAGCUUGUUCUUCUGAACAUUGUAAUAACACAGUGUGAAAUGCACUGGUUCACUUACAUUGUUGGCUGCUCAAGGUACCACCCAGACUGUAUUUAUUAUUCUUCUCUCAUUGCUUGGAAAGGAGGGGAAAAAAAAGGAGAAAAAAGCUUAGGUCUGUGUCUCUGCAUUACUCCAGUUCUCAUAUGGCAGACUGCAUCUGGUAGUAUGCUGCAGACUUGCUUUGCCAUGACAGAGAAGAUGGUUUGUCUCUUUUGUGGCACUUUUUUUUUUUUUCUCCCUAUCUGGAAUUUUUUGACAUCUCUUCAACCAUGUCAGUAGCUUUUUUUUGGCUGCUCAAAGCCUGGAAAUCCUGGAUGAAAGGCAGCACUAAACAAGUGCAGAACAAUUCUGUAUCUCAGGUGAGAAGUUUUGUAAGGAUAUUUUAUGUUUAUUGCUAGGGGCAGACCAACUUUCCAAGUUCAGUGGGCUCACCUUAUGCUGUAGAGCUGAUGUGUAAAGGCACAACACAUGUUGACACAUUUCUCAGCUAAUGCAGCCACAUGGUCAGUGCAGUUCAGCAUGGCAAAUCCUGAGAAUACGGAAUUUGCAGCAAUUGGAAUUUCAGUUGUUUGAAGGAAUACAUGAUAUGUAGCACCUGCUCUCUUGUGUGUCAUGAAAACUAUAUAGAAAUAUAGGAAAAUAAGAAGGAAAGGAAAAAAGAAACAAAUGAGGGCAACUGUGAGGCAGAGCUCAUUUAUCAAAUUUCACAUUCCACAGAGGCAGAACUAAAACCAUUCAAAUUCAGUGGUCAGUGCUGAUCAGCCAUCUUGUAGGAGUUCCACCUCAGUUUCCAUAGGUAAAUUUUAUACUGAGCAGCUCUAAUACUGCCACAGGGCAGGAGGUGUUUGGCUUUUUAAUAACCACUAAAAGUUUGGUUAAAGAUUGGUUGCUGGAGUGCUCAAUACCCACACACCCUGCUGGGUCUUGGCAAGUCGGACUCACUUUCCAGGUUUCCAAGGUUUUGUGGUGGGAACUUUGAAUGUUCUUGUGAAUCAGGACUGACCAGGGGUGGUCCUAAGCCUUCACAAACAUAUGUUCAGGACCAGUUGUACACACAUCCUACACACAUGCCUACGUAUUUUAUGAAUCAGGUCUGUGAUCAAUGUUUUGAGCAGUUAGUGUGCUGCAGUUUCAUGGGGUUACUCUCUCUUCGGUUUGCACUGUAAAUAAUACUGUACAUCUGCUAUUUUAUGAUACAAAUGCCAUGUGAGUUGCUUAUUUUUAAAAUGUUAUAUAGCUCUGUUAUGAUUUAUUUGCAAUGCCAUAUUGCAGUAUUGGUUUAAUAUACAAUGUAUCUCAAUGGCAUGAGUGAAAUUGCUUAUAUUUUGCAAUGUCAAAUAUUUUAUUUUUGUUUUUUAAAAUGAAUACAUUUCAUCCUAUGCAGUUCCAUAAAUGUUUCUUAAGUGGCUCAUUAUGUCUGAAAAUAUUGCUUCCUCUCCAGUAGUGCAAGCAUAACAACUAGUACUCCUGAUCAAAAUCAUCAGAUAUAUCAUCUAGCAAUUUCAGAUUAGAAAUGUAUGUACAAAUAUGUAAGCAUUUAUAGUUAAUCAGAACAUUUACUAUAUCUUCCUUACUUUUCAUGUAAUGAUACAUUUUAAUCAUUUUGUAUUCUUUUUAUUUGUAAUUAUUUGUGAUUCAUACACAGUGUAAAUAACAUGUUUCAUUAUGCAAGUUUUCUAGGUAUUCAAGACUACAAAAAGGUUUGUAUAUGAAAAGAAACUGAAAGUAGAUUGGAAUGACAUAAAAUAAAGUGGUGAUGACUAUGUUCUAUUUAUACUGUUCAUUUCCAAGAUGUCUGUUAAAGAAAAAAUAUUUUAUUUGCCCUUUAAUGUCCAACCAGUUAUUUGAAGUAUAUUUACAUCAAUAAAUCAUGCAAAAGUCUAUUAAAAGUCAUGAAGAAUCAUUGA